AUGGCUCCUCCGCCGAACUCGAACCUGCCUCUCCAGGAGCGGCUCCUGGCGCUGGCCAAGACUCUGCAGUUUGCAUGGUUUGUUGGGCACCUGACGCUCAUCCUCUCCACCAUCCGAUAUGCCUUCUCCUGGCUGCGCAUGAACUACUAUGGUGGCAUGGCCCAGUUCUCGUACCGAACCUCUUUUGUCGCCGCCGCCGUUACCUACGGCAUCGUCGUCUACAAGACCCAGCGGGCGCGCGCGAAGUCGGGCAGCAAGAUGCCGGGUGGCAUUGUCGGCCUCCUGUCCGAUGAGAACGUUCAGUAUCUGCUCAUGGCUCUUGUCUGGCUCUUCUCGCCCCAGUACCCCAUCGCCCUGCUGCCGUACUCGGUCUACUCCGUCUUCCACGUCGCCACGUACACGCGCGCCAACCUGCUGCCCGUCCUGCAGCCUCCCCCGCCCGCCGCGGACGGAUCCUCUCCCCGCGUCAAGACGAGCAGCCCCCUGGCUGAGCGCAUCGGCAACUUCGUCAAGGAGUACUACGAUGCGUCCAUGUCCAUCGUCUCGGCGCUCGAGAUCCUCAUCUGGAUCCGUGUCCUGCUGUCGGCCGUGCUCUUCCAGCGCCGCUCCUGGAUCCUGCUCGCCCUGUACACGGCCUUCCUUCGCGCGCGCUUUGCGCAGAGCAGCCACGUCCAGAACUCGGUCACCCAGCUCGGCGCCCGUGUCGACUCGCUCGUUGGCGCCCAGGGCACGCCCCCCGCCGCCCGACAGGUCUGGGACGGCGUCAAGUCGGGCGCCAGGCAGUUCCACGAUGCGACGGAGCUGGGCAAGUACGUCAACACUGCCGGCCCCGCCAAGAAGACUUCGUAA